AUGAGCGAUGUUUCAACGUGGAGCGAUUUCCGAGAUGGGAUAAGAGGGACGGAAGACCCCCGGCAGACCGGUUCGGAGAGGUGUCUCCAACAGUACCUGAGGAUCAACAUUAGGGAAGGGAACGUGACCGUCACUUGUCCCGAUGCAGAUUGUAUCGUCACGGGAAAAAUCUUAAUUUCAGAAAUUCGUGAAAUAGCCGGAGAGGAUGCAUACUACAUGUUUGAGAGGUACAAACUAAAUUUAGAUGUGGAACUGGAUCCCAACCGCGUGUGGUGUCCUUCUGUGGGCUGUGAGACCAUCUGCUCUUUCCGACCGUCCCCCGAUCCCAACCUGGGAGUCUGUGUCUUCUGCAUCUCGUGUAGGACCAAGUUUUGCUCCCUCUGUAAGCUGGGCUAUCAUGGAGCGGCGAGUUGUGAAGAUGCCAGGAAGAACUCGAAUGAAGAAAUCGAGUUUUCUGCGAGUGACGACGAGAGUCCAAUCAAACGAUGUCCCAAUUGCCGGAUCCCGAUAGAAAAGGACGACGGUUGUGCCCAGAUGAUGUGCUACAGAUGCAAGCACGUCUUCUGCUGGCACUGCCUCGCAUCGUUAGAUGACGAUUUCCUGUUACGCCACUAUGACAAGGGUCCGUGUCGAAACAAAUUGGGCCAUUCCAGAGCUUCCAUGAUAUGGCACAGAACCCAGGUGGUGGGCAUCUUUGCCGGCUUCAGCUUCCUCCUCCUGAUGGCCUCUCCCUUUCUGCUGCUGGCGGCACCCUGCUUCUUCUGCUGCCGAUGCAAGAACAGGUUCUUCUACGAGGAGGCCACGCCCCUCUGAGGCUCGCUUCUAGUCGGUUCCAUUUCCUGUCCUUUUUCUGUGAUAUCGCGAUACGUGGGCCGUCUCUCGAAACGACGCG